UUCCUUCCUCCCUCCUUCGGCGGCGGCGGCGGGACAAAGCCAUGAAGCCGGCGCUGCUGCUGGAAGUGAUGCGGAUGAACCGGGUCUGCCGGAUGGUGCUGGUGACUUGCUUGGGCUCCUUCGCCCUCGUCAUCUUCUACUUCCAAAGUAUGUUGCACCCAGUAAUACGUAGAAAUCCAUUUGGAAUGGACAUCUGCUGUCGGAAGGGGUCACGAAGCCCCCUGCAGGAGCUCUACAAUCCAACCCAGUUGGAAUUAUCCAGCACAGCAAUCCUUCACCAGAUUCGGAGGGAUCAAGUCACAGACACAUGCCGAGUCAAUAGCAUGUCCAGCAGGAAGCGUCGUGUGCUGACACCCAAUGACCUCAAACAUUUGGUGGUUGAUGAGGCUCAUGAAUUGAUAUAUUGCUAUGUACCCAAAGUGGCCUGUACAAAUUGGAAGAGAGUUAUGAUGGUCUUGACUGGGAGGGGAAAAUACAGUGAUCCAAUGGAGAUACCAGCUAAUGAAGCCCAUGUCUCUUCAAACCUGAAGACACUCAACCAGUACAGCAUCCCAGAGAUCAAUCAUCGCUUGAAAAACUACAUGAAAUUUCUCUUUGUCCGUGAGCCUUUUGAGAGACUGGUGUCAGCCUAUCGAAACAAAUUCACCCAGAAAUACAACACUUCCUUUCACAAGAGAUAUGGUACCAAAAUAAUCAAACGCCAAAGGAAAAAUGCAACCCAGGAGGCUCUUCAUAAAGGUGAUGAUGUGAAAUUUGAGGAGUUUGUGGCUUAUCUCAUAGACCCGCACACCCAAAGGGAAGAGCCAUUCAAUGAACACUGGCAAACUGUUUAUUCUCUGUGUCAUCCUUGCCACAUCCAUUAUGACCUCAUAGGGAAAUACGAGACACUCGAAGAGGAUUCCAACUAUAUCCUUCAACUUGCGGGAGUAGGAAACUAUCUCAAGUUUCCCACCUAUGCAAAGUCUACAAGAACUACUGAUGAAAUGACUACAGAGUUCUUCCAGAACAUCAGCUCAGAACACCAAACACAGCUGUACGAAGUCUACAAACUUGAUUUUUUAAUGUUCAAUUAUUCCAUGCCAAGCUAUGUGAAAUUGGAAUGAGGUGUGGAGAGCCGGAGAGAAAGUGGGUAGGGUGGGUGGGGAAUGAAACCUGUUUUAUUUAAGAUUUUUAUUUGUCACACUUACUGAUGAAGAAUGGGUUAUUUUGUAAGUUAAUAUUUUCUUUUUGAAUGAUGCUGCGAGCAGCAUAGUUGGAAAUUUAUUAUUUAAAUUGUUGAUAAGAAAGGACAACUCUGUUUGCAGAGUAAGAAAAACUGCAGUGACUAGAAGUGCUACACUGUUAUUUUUGGGGGGGGGGGGGAUAUGUUCUUAAUGUCCUGAUGAAUUUCUUUCCUUUUGCAUUCUUCACUAGUCCUAGCCUUUAUGUUAUUUAUGCUUAUUUAAGGACAUAGUAGAUUUCUUGUUAGAAGCUGAAAUAUGACACUGUGUGGACAAAGACAAAGUUUCCUGUGCUCUCCUUGCUAGAAUUUGCUUCUUUUCCUAAUGUUCCUUUAUGACUAACAUUUAUCCCAAGUGAUAAAUGAUUCAGAUAGAGUAGAAAAAAUUGACAGAGGGCUGGAUUAAAGUUACCCAGUGAAUACACCCAUCCCUAAAUUCUAAAUGCCAACCUUGAAAUUUGCUCCAUAACAAAGAACAAUCUGGAGUUGGGAAUUGCUUUUCUGUGAGGUAAUUGGUAGCAAAGCAUCAUGAGUUGUAGCACAUUUUUAAAGGAGCUGAAUUUCAAAGAGUUUAAUAGUAAGUGCGCAGCAGGAGGUGGCUCCCUGUGUCCUUGGAACAGAGGUUCUUAAUGUUUGAUUGUUUUGAACAUCAGCUCCCAGAAGUCCAAGCCAGCAUGGCCAAUCAUCGGGUUGAAGAAGCUAAAGUCCAAAAAGGCUGAUAACCACAUGCUCUUGGAGACCUGUACAAAUAGACACCCUACAGUGAAGCAUUUGUGUUGCCGAUGCUGGUAUCAAUUACUUUGAAAGAGAAGGAUAUUAUGAAACUGUUGUCUUUCCAGCCUUGGAAAGCAAAAGUAUGCACACUUCCCAAUGUGAAUGUAUCUUGCAGAGAGAAACAUCUUUAAAACUUCACUUUGCUGGACAUGUUGUUCAUAAUUUUUUUUAAAAAAAAAUCUUUGCACUUGACAUUUCCUUCUUUGACAUCAAGGUGAAUGUGUGACAAUGGAUGCAUUACCCUUAUAAAUAGCAGCAGCCAGUAGUAAUGUUAUUCAGAACUUGAGUGUGUAAAUUUAUUGACUUGUAAGAGUGGUCAAAGGAUUCUGAAGAAAUUAAUUUAAAGGGAGACCCCAGUUAAUUGUGCAGCAGACUUUUAAAACAUAUAUAUUUUUAAUUUUUUUAAAAAAAAUAAACAGUUUUAAAGUACUUAAAUGAUGGAGAGAGCAAGCAUCAUUUUAGGAAGAAGCAUCACUUCCUUCUCACACAGAGGACUACAGAGAGUCAAACUAUAUGCUACAUAGAACAGAACUAAAGAUUUGUCUUUUCAGAAUCUGUAACAAACAGCUUCAUUUAUAUACCGCUUGACAUUGAACUAACAGUGUCUACGCGGUUUACAAUUGUAAGCUAUUUCACAGUAUUCACAUCCCAGAUGUGGAUUCAGGCCAGCAUAGGUAUGGGAGGUUUAAACUCUCAUCACUUUGUUUAGCUAAAAAUGAGGGGGCACAUGGUGGGAGAGUUAAAAAAUGAAAAUAAUUCCAUUGGUGCCAAUGGUUUGUUGCUGAUGAUUUACUUUCUCCCAUGUGGGGGGAAGGGAGUAACAAUUUAAUGAAAACAAGCUUCUAGGGAAGUUUACACUCCACUUGUGAACACUGGGCCUGAUCCUUACAAACUUUAGGCAGCUUUUUAAAUAAAGGAUCUUUGAUUUCAUGCUAUGUUUGAAACACAGCAUAUAGUUUGACUCCAUGGCAGUGCCUGCACAUGAGGUGGAUGAAUCCCCUAAAAAGAUUUUAGAUUCUGGGCUUUACUGAGUUACAGAGGGCCUCUUUAGAUGGUAAUGAAUAUUACUUAUCUUUCUUCAAAACAUGGUAAUCCUAAUUCUGCUGUAUUCUCCUAAUUCUGCUGUGUGGGGCAAAGUACCUUCUUGAUGCUGCCAUUGCUAUGAAACAUUUGAACAAUGUGGCUCUUCUUCAGAACAGUUCUUUUAUUAAUAUGCCAGUACCUGCAGACUUAAUCAGUUGAUCAAUUAAAAUAAUAUCAAGUCUUAACUUUCUAAAUUGGAUGACAAUCCCCAUUAUUAUUAUAAUCGUUAUAAGCAGCCCAGCAUGCUCAAAAUGAUUAGUGAUUUUGAUUUUCCAGCUGAGCAGCCUGAUCCAAAACAUGAAAGGAGUUAGUGCAUUUCAUUGAGCCAUGCUGAGGAUAACAGGAGGAGAAUGUUUUCAGACAGUUAUAAUCACAUCUGAUCAGGUUUCAGAAAUGUGUACAGCAAACAAUUCUCACUUGAUUCAGUCAUGAUUUGGUGGUGGAUUUAUAUGUGGCAAAUAUACAUAGAACAUCAGUUGCCCUAGGAAUACAGGCCCUGGGGCACUUUCACAUUAUAAAGAUAUAUGGUGAGGGUUCCACUUUCAUUGCCAUGUCUCCAUCCUAUGGAAUUGAAGUUUGCAUUUUAAGGAAUAUUUAGACUUCUCAGCCAGACAGCUGUAGUGCCUCACAAAACUGUAACCCCCCAGGAUUCCAUGGGAUACAGCCAUGACAGUUAAAGUGGAAGCAUUUUGCUUUGUGUAUAAUGUGAAAGAUCCAGAUUUCCUUGUGAAGUCCAAAUGAUGUGCUAAUACUAUCUCCCAAAUAUAUAUCAAACCAGCCCAGGAUUGAAACCAUCACUGAUUUCACAAGUGACUUUGUAGAAAGAGCAGAGUUAUCCAAUCUAACCUUCAGUGGAUGCUUGACCUAUAUGCUAAAAGCAGAGAAUGCCUCAGAAGCCUCUGCACUGUCAGUGAGACCUCCUGUGGAGUGUCCCAGCACUUCUGUGAGGGAAAUUGCUUGGCCAAUACAUUGGUCUUACAUUGGUAACAACAUGGCCAAGUGGAGGGAGAGUGUAACUGGUCAAACUGGACAACAUGUCUUUGUGGGAAAUCAGACCAACUACUAGACCAUGUCUACGGCUCUACCUGUCCUGGUUCACCCAAACAUAUAAUUAUGAAAUGAUGUUGUUUCUUAAUUUGUCAGGGCUCAUCAUUGUCUCAGUGAUGACCGCAGUAAGUUUACAAGAAGUAGGCCAUUCUGAGCAACCACAUGGGGCAAUUAUGGUAAUCUUGUUUCUAACUUUUGUUAGCAUAAACCUCAGGUAACCCAGUAUAAAUGCUUUGUUCGGUGUUGUGCAAGAGGUACCCAGCACUUCAUUGCACAAUGCCUUUGUCCAACUUCCAAUGAAGUGGAAAAAUGAGAGGUGUCUCAAGAAACCAGAAUGAAUGACUAAAGAAAUUUCAACUGAGUUAAGUUUUUAAAAGGGACAAGUAUAAGAAAUGGAAAAGGGGAGAAAUCACCAAAGAGGAUUUCAAACAAAUAGCUAGCACAUGUAGGAGGAAAGUUAAGAAAGGUAAAGCAAAGAAUGAGUUCAGGCUUGCUAGAGAGGUUAAAAACAAUAGAAAGGGCUUUUUUGGUUAUAUACUUAGCAAAAGGAAAAAAAAUAGAAAUAUUAAGACCAUUGCAUAGAGAAGAUAGCAAAAUACUAACAUGGCACAGAGAAAAGUCAGAACUACUCAACGCAUUAUUUGCCCCAAUUUUCUCACAAAAGGAAAACAGUACUCAACCAGGGGGAAAAGAUGCCACAGCAAUGGAAAUGGAGCACAGAGUAAGUAAAGAUGUAGUACAGGAAAACCUGGUCAGUCUAAAUAAAUUCAGGUCUCCAGGCCAGAUGAACAACAUCCAAGGGUGUUAAAAGAACUGGCAACUGUAAUCUCAGAGCCACUUUCAAUAAUCUUUGAGAAUACCUAGAGAACUGGAGAAGUCCCAGCAGAUGGGAGGAGGACAAAUAUUGUCCCCACUUUCAAAAAGUGGAAAAAACAGGACCCAAACAAUUACUACUCAGUCAGUCUGACAUCAAUACCAGGGAAGAUUGUAAAGCUGAUCAUUAAACAGAUGGACUGUAAGCAUUUAGAAAGGAAUGUCAUAAUCACUAAAAGUCAACAUGGGUUUCUCAAAAACAACACAUGCCAAACUAAUCUGAUCUCUCUUUUAGAUAAAGUCACAAGCUUGGUAGAUGAAAGGAAUGCUGUGGAUGUAACAUAUCUUGCCCCAUGAUAUUUUUGCAAACAAGCUAGUAAUAUGUGGAGUAGACAAUGCUACUGAGAAGUGGAUUUGUAAUUGGUUAACUAGCUGCACCCAAAGGUGCUCAUCAAUGGCUUCUCUUAAUCCUGAAGAGAAGUAACCAGUGGGGUACUGCAGGGUUUUUCCCUGGGCUCAGUGCUAUUCAACAUCUUUAUCAAUGACUUGAAUGGUGGAAUAGAGGUCAUGCUUAUCAAAUUUGCAGAUGACAACAAAUUACAAAGAGUAGCUAAUACCCCAGAGAACAGGAUCAAAAUCCAAAAUAACUUUAACAGAUUUGAAAGCUAGGCAAAAACUAACAAAAUGAAUUUCAACAAGGAUAAAUGUAAGGUACUACACUUAGGCAGAAAAAAUGAAAUGCAUAGGUAUGGGAUGGGGGAUAC